AAUUUGAUUAUUUUUAAUCUCUGUAUAAAAUUAUAAAGCGGGGAGUUGAGGUGGGGUUGGAUCUUAAAUGUUAGAGUUGACGCCUCACUCUUAUUUAAACCAAGCUUUCUUCCCCUUCAUUUCUGUUUGAUUUGAACUCCCUUUCUUUCCUUCCAUUUUCCUUUUGUCAUGGGUGAGCAGAUAGAUGAUGCUGAGUUUUGGCUCCCCUCCGAGAUUUUAAUGGAAGAUGAUAUUCUUAUGGAAAAACAAAAUAACACUGAAUUGUUCCCCUACGAGUUUGAGCACUCAUACGACUCGUUCUCAGCUCUUAGCUUCCCCGUUGAAUCUACUGUUGGGCCUGCUGAGACUGAGAGCAGUGACCGGGAUGAGUUUCUUGCUGGGUUGACUCGCCGACUUGUUCUCUCCAUGAAUCAUAAACUCACCCUAUAUGGUCUUUCCCUCAACAACAACGAGGCAAAUGGAGGUUUGGCGAGAUCAGCACAGUGGACUCAGAGCAAUGGCGGUUCUCAAGUAGCGAAAUACAGCGACAUUAACCAUGGAAGAAACCUACCCAACACUCAAAACCAUGGAUUUAUGAAGAAGUCAAACCAGAGUGUUUCUUGUAAUCUUGUUCAAACAAAUCAUUAUGAUGGAAGGCAAAUGAAGGCAAGAAAUCGGCAGCAGCAGCCGAAGCAGAAGAAGAGUAGAUUAAAGAGUAAUAAAGUAGGUGAGAGGGGUGAAUGUUCAAGGGCUUCAUUUCAAGUUCAAUCACAACAGCUGCCUACGAGAGUGAUUUUACUCCAGGGAUUUCGUAAUGUUAAAACAGAGUCCGUUGGAACUGGUGUUUUCUUACCUCGUAAAUAUCACAACCAACCUUCUAAGCCUCGCAAGAAAUCAGGUUGCACAAUGGUUCUAGUACCAGCAAAGGUUGUCCAAGCAUUAAACCUCAACUUUGAUGGCACAAAUAAUGGUUUUGCAUCAAACUACGCUGUUUUGAUACCCAGAAGAAAUGCAAACUUGAGACAAGAAAAUAGAAAUGAUAGAGCAAUGGGAAGCUUAAAUCUGCCUCAGGAUUGGACUUAUUAAGCCUCUGGAAAUUGGUCUUUGGUUUGCUGGAAAAUGGCAGUUCAUGUGAGGAAAGGAAAUCAAGAAUAUGUAUUCUAUAAAUAAAACUUUUGAUUGAGUUUGUGUAACCUUUAAUUAGGUUAUUAACUCGGUUCAAAAGUUACGAGAAUAUAUUUUAGUAAUUAAAAUAAAUAACGUUAUUCAAA